AUGUGGGGUGUAAACAAGCCUAAUGCAGCAUGUGGUGGUGCAAACAAGCCUAAUGCAGCAUGUGGUGGUGUAAACAAGUCUAAUGCAGCAUGUGGUGGUGUAAACAAGCCUAAUGCAGCAUGUGGUGGUAUAAACAAGCCUAAUGCAGCAUGUGGUGGUGUAAACAAGCCUAAUGCAGCAUGUGGUGGUGUAAACAAGCCAAAUGCAGCAUGUGGUGGUGUAAACAAGCCUAAUGCAGCAUGUGGUGGUGUAAAUAAGCCUAAUACAACAUGUAGUGGUAUAAACAAGCCUAAUGCAGCAUGUGGUGGUGUAAACAAGCCUAAUGCAGCAUGUGGUGGUGUAAACAAGCCUAAUGCAGCAUGUGGGGUGUAA